AUGGUAAACUCCAGUGAACACUACAAUAUUAACGAUAAAGUGGAAUUCAACUUCAAUAUUUCUCUAAUUACCACCAAUGUAUCUUAUCUGUCUAUUGAUAUCCAUGGGGAUUCCUUAAAGUUUGAGAAUUCCAUAUCGGAAGUGAACAUAUCGUUGACUCUUAUUGGUACUGAUGCUCUUUUAAAUUUCUGUUACUCUUUACGAUCUAUGAAGAAAAUACACGAAGACUUGUUAUGGUGGUCAACAAUCUACAGCAUACAGAUCCCUGAUUUACCCAGUGAUACUUGGAUAUUGAAUGGAACCGUGUUUGCUUCAGUUAGUGAAUCAGCUGGUCCCGGUGCUUUGAUUCGUGGCAUCAUCGACCUAACCUGUCAGAUUGGAAACGAAACCUUUUAUGAUCAAUUAAUAUCAGAUUAUGCGUACAAACUUCCAUUGGUAAUACGGUCAGAAGUUUUCAAUAACGGGUCACUGCAACUCAGAGCACCAAUGACUAACCAGAUCAUCAUGCUGUUUGAUGAAGGAGAAGUUGCACCAAAAGUAACCGCCAUUACACCAUUUGAUGAAUCAUCAGAAGAAGCUGCUGUUCCUCUCAAGAAUUUUGCAGCAGGAGCCACACAUGGUAUAGAUGAAAGUGGUCUUGCAGCUAUUAAUGAAUCAGUGGUUCGUAUGUGGUCCACCGCAGCAUCAUACCAGAGUGAUAUUGGACAGAUCUCAAUACCAGCUGUGUCUAGAGAUACCGCUGGAAAUGAGACGGAUUCUGGAAUAGUUGUUCAAAUCACAAGCCGUCUAGAAGAUUUUUCAAACAUUGCUAACGUUAGUGAACUGGGUAUAGGAUUGGGAGUAUAUUUUGGGCAGUCCAUGAUUUGGAUUACUACAGAAACAGCUGCAAUUAGUGUUUCAGCACCACAGCGCCCGGAGCUAAACCUGGAGAUGAAACAAGGAUGCACAACAGCCUCUGAAGAAAGUUUUGACGUGACCAUGUCCAUCAUUGCGAGUCAUUCUCUGGAUUCAACAGCAACUGCUUUUAAUGUGACUCUAUUUCUGUAUGCCAUGGAGAGUAUGAGUCAUGUGGCUUAUAGUGACGCUUCGGCAAAGGGCUACCAAACUGAUUGGAAUGUUUCGGGCAAUGUUAGAAGCUACUAUAUUGAACGAAUAACAUUUAGUACACCGAUGGAUAUCCUUGUUCGUGAAAUGAUCAACAUGAAGAACGUAACUAUGAAAAGAGCCAAGAAUUUCAUAGUAAUGGCGGAAGUGGUAUAUACUGAUCGCUGGGCCAAUGAUGUAGAAUAUUGGUCAGGGUUAAAAUAUUUAUCUCUUGAUUUACCUUUAAGAUGUGCUAGAGAAUUAAAUUGGACAUUAUCAGUGAACUGUACAUGUUCCUAUAAUACAUCUUUAACCAGCUGUGGAUGCUGUCAGGAAGGUGCUUGUCAGUGUGGUGAAAUUAAUCCCAAUCUCUGUCUACCGUGUGACCAAAAAGCUUUGUGUCAGCCGAGACUACCAGAAUUCACAAGAAUAAGUGAACUAGUGGAAGAUAAUGGCUCUAGAAUUGUUUGUGAUGCCUUCUUUAAAUACAGACCAAUAAGGAAGGAAGCGUCGUGUUAUCGUAUGUUUGAUGAUAAUAGAAAAAAUCAAGCUUUCCCUGCAACAGUUGCUACAAUUUUAGGAGUUGACUAUGUGACCGGGUAUUUGUAUGGUAUAUCCAAUAAUGGUCUCGCCUACGUCAGGAGUCACGACAAAGGAGCGUCGUGGGUAACCAUUGAACCGACAUUCUACGACUACGUACAGUCAGCUUAUCAUUAUAUCAAGGCUGUAUUUAGUGAUUAG